CUCAAUCGGAGACCCGCACAUACAUUUCAUACUUCUACUGUAAAAUACACCACUCGGCACAGUCUCACUGCUCUCUAUUCAUUUAGACCAGCUGCAAAAUAAUCGUGCUGUUCAGGUAGCACAUCUACCAUAAAACAUGGAGUCUCCUCCUGAUCCAGCAAGCGAGCCGGGAAACAGCGCCACGGAGCCGGCUACCCCUGGUAGGGAGAACCCGGUAAACCUGGAGACUCUCCGGAAAGCUGAACACCAAGCCCCGGUUCGGAGGCAGAGCUGCAGCAGCACAAAUCGAGGUAUCUCGGUGACAAAGAAGACGCACACGUCUCAAAUCGAAAUUAUUCCCUGCAAGAUCUGUGGAGAUAAGUCGUCUGGCAUCCAUUACGGCGUGAUAACAUGCGAAGGCUGCAAGGGCUUCUUCAGGAGAAGUCAGCAGAGCAAUGCCGCGUACUCCUGCCCCCGUCAGAAGAACUGCCUGAUCGAUCGCACCAGCCGCAACCGCUGCCAGCACUGCCGCCUGCAGAAGUGCCUGGCCGUGGGCAUGUCGCGAGACGCCGUCAAGUUCGGCCGCAUGUCAAAGAAGCAGCGGGACAGCCUGUAUGCGGAGGUGCAGAAGCAUCGGUUGCAGCAGCAGCAGCGGGACCACCAGCAGCCGCCCGGCGAGGCCGAGCCGCUCACGCCCACCUACGGCCUGUCUGCCAACGGGCUCACCGAGCUGCACGACGACCUCAGCGGCUACAUGGACGGACACACGCCCGAAGGCGGCAAGCCAGACUCAGCCAUUAACAGCUUCUACCUGGACAUCCAGCCCUCGCCAGACCAGUCGGGCCUGGACAUCAACGGCAUCAAGCCUGAGCCCAUCUGCGACUUCGCUCCCGGGUCGGGAUUCUUCCCCUACUGCUCCUUCACCAACGGGGAGACGUCUCCCACGGUGUCCAUGGCGGAGCUAGAACAUCUGGCGCAGAACAUCUCCAAGUCCCACAUGGAGACGUGUCAGUACCUGAGGGAGGAGCUUCAGCAGAUGACCUGGCAAGCUUUCCUGCAGGAGGAGAUGGAGAACUACCAGAACAAGCCUCGGGAGGUCAUGUGGCAGCUGUGUGCCAUCAAGAUCACGGAGGCCAUACAGUACGUGGUGGAGUUUGCCAAACGCAUCGACGGCUUCAUGGAGCUGUGUCAAAACGAUCAGAUCGUGCUUCUGAAAGCAGGUUCCCUGGAGGUCGUGUUUGUCAGAAUGUGCCGUGCCUUCGACUCUCAGAACAACACCGUCUACUUCGAUGGGAAAUACGCAGGUCCUGACGUCUUCAAGUCCCUGGGCUGCGAUGACCUGAUCAGCUCCAUAUUUGAGUUUGGAAAAAACCUGUGUUCUAUGCACCUGUCGGAGGACGAGAUCGCCUUGUUCUCAGCGUUCGUGUUGAUGUCUGCGGACCGGUCCUGGCUUCAAGAGAAAGUGAAGGUGGAGAAACUCCAGCAGAAGAUCCAGCUGGCCCUGCAGCAUGUCCUGCAGAAGAACCACAGAGAAGAUGGCAUCCUAACGAAGUUGAUAUGCAAAGUGUCGACGCUGCGAGCGCUGUGCAGCCGGCACACGGAGAAGCUGACGGCUUUUAAAGCAAUAUACCCGGACAUUGUGCGCACCCACUUCCCCCCCCUGUACAAGGAGCUGUUCGGCUCGGACUUCGAGCAGUCCAUGCCCGUGGAGGGCUAGCAGCCCAGCGGCGGCGGAGGCAAAGGGGCCCACGCCUGCAUUGCUGGGAGGAGCAGAGCGGGAUGCAUCUGAGACACUUUAACGGUGCCCGGCAUGAGCCAGGACAACCAGCACACUGCACAACUGGGAGCGGGGGUGGGGAGGGGGGGGGGGCGUCUAUUUCUACUCUUUGGUUGGUUUUAGUUGGUUUUUCGUUUUGUGCUUUUUUAACACGGACGGGAUCCUAUGCCCAGGGCAAGGAGAGGAUACAGGCGACUUCCUUUCAGGUGAACUUGGCACUCCCAUGCACGUGUGUCACCACGGCGAUGCCACAACCUGUACAUCACAGGAGUCCCUUUAAAUUGGCAAUAUACAGUGACCUCUUGAAAAACAUGGAAACGAAAAACCCCACAAAUCGAUCAUAAUCUUAAUGUGACCUUGAAGCACAAUUAGACCUUUGAAAAAGUUCUAUUCAAUACUGAAAAGUGUGUCAUUCCCUUAAUUAAACAAGACAUAACAUGAAAUCAAGAUGCAUUACCUAAAAUUUAAUACUUAUUAGACCCAACAGGUCCACAACAAGCUGUUUGGCAUGUCUUGGUCAAGUUCAGCCUUUAAUUUUCUUGUUCUAUUUUGAUUUUUUUUUUUAACUGCUGUUUUGUGUGGAAUGCAGUGUUCAGAAUGCAAACUCGCUGCAGGGAACAGUGGGGCUGCUGCGGCGUGGAGGGUCUGAACAGCAACGGUGGCGCUAAAAGCGCCCUCCAGUGGAAAUCGUCUCAACGAAGCGCGCCAUUCCGGCCAUCCUAUAAACGUUUAAACACAAAGACUUUUCGCUGUCGGAGUCUCCAUCCUCCAUGGUACCAUAGUGAAACCCCCGCCUGCCUCCGAUCCUUUAGCGGAGAGGUACCCUAGUAAAACUGAGGGUAUCUGCUACAACGAGAAGGACCCAUCUCACCUGUUUUUUUAAACGUGCAACAGGGUAUACGAUCAUUAGUACUUAUACAAAACAGAUGUUUUUAGAUUCUAUUUUAAAUAACUUGUAUGAUAUUCGUAGUUAGAUGAUUCUUUAUUGUCGAAUCGAUAAGGCACUUUUUUUGCACCUUUUUAUUUAAGACUUGUGCGUUACCUAGUGAUGCGUUGCAUGUGCACAAGAAACACGUUUAAAUCAUAUUCACGGAGGCUAGUUCCGGGAAGCGGACAUGCUGCUUAUUCCUGGCGUUUUGCUAUUUUGGGUGUUGGGAGGGCGCCGUAAAUCGUAAAUUUAAACAAAGUUUUAACCCAUUAUUUUUACUCAAUAACUAGAGCUUUAGGCACUAUCCUCAAACUGCUCCGGGGCGGAGGAGGUGGACAUGAGACAGCUCCGGAGAACUAUACCAAACCACGCAGUAAAACCGAGACCUUUGGGAGAUAUUUACCCUCACAUCACAUUUAGCGAAAUAUCUGCAUCUUGUGAAUCCCCCCGCCCCCAUCCGCUCUGCCCCAGCUUUGUUUGAAACGUGGUCAUUUCCGCUUGUCAUCGAUAUAAAUUACCACGUAUUACACAUAAUAUUACGAACUGGGCUCAGCAGACGACUGCAGUCCUGUAGCGGGUUGCUCCCGUUCUCCGAAAACUCCCAUCCGUCUAGUUGUCCCCCGUGUAUGAACUGUUCAGAUGGGUUUAAGUUUGGUUGGUGGAGCAGCCUAUUUGACGUUGCUGUGGACCUGUCCAAGUGUACCACCUAGUGGCUAAGUACGGUAUGAGCGCUCCCUAGUCCGCCCCCCCACCCCCCAAAGAAAGUGUAAAGGGCGAAAUGAGCACGGUGGGCAUGUGUAAUGCCUAUUUGAGCACCGUCCUAGUUUCAGUUAUAGCCCCUCUCAGAUAUUCCGUCCGGGUUUCUGCAAUCUUACUGUCUCCCCUUUAAUCUACAUAUGUGCAUACGAGUGUCAGGGAGUGUGUGUGCGUGUGUCAGACUUUUUCUUUGGUAAAGUGUACAUCAGUAGUAACUUUCAGCACUGGGCAGAAAGUGUAAACAUUCAAAGCCUUGUCUGGUAAUUAAUUCUUAAAAAAAAGAAAAGAAACAAUAAUACAAGUUUGAAAAGGGAGAGGCAAAACGUAGCAGUUACAGAAUUCCUGCAAUAACUUAUAAUCGGUGUGAUGACGAGAGAGGAAAGAAAUAUAUUGUAAUGCGAGACAAUGAUAGUGUUAUUUUCAGAUACAGUGGCUCUUUGUUGUUUUGUUUGAAUUUCCACUUAAUAUUGUGUAAAAACCUUGUUAUUUGUAUCUACAGGUGCCAUGGUAGAACCUCAUGUUUUCACCGUGUCAAAGAGGCAGACUUUUGUAGUGUUGUAGUGUUUUGACAUUCCAAGAAUUAGACAGUGACUUUUAGAUUAGUAAUAAUACCGAGGACUGGAGUUAGGAAGCUUGUAUAAUAAUAGAUUUUUUUUUCAUUCCUCUGUAGUGCAAUACGUACAUGACAGACCUGUUGUGUACUGCUAUCCCUCAGGGAAGAGUGACGUGAAAACCACUUAUUUGCGCUUUCUGUUCUCAUCCUUUCAGUUUCCUGGUGUUUUUAUAAAUUCUUCUGGUAAACGUCCGAGAGUUUCCAUUUACAGCAGUCAGAGGGAGGCGUUUCAGAUAUUGUAAUAAUGCUGUAUUUGACGUUACGUUGGUCAUGAUAACUCAGAUACGAUUUAGCCAUAUAUUUAAUCACAUACGAUAUCCAUAGUGCUCCGUUUACCGUCCUUUGUAUUGUCUUUGAAAAGCCAAGAACAAAAUUACCUUAAGUGUGUUGGUACAAUUUCGCGUUUCACGUUUGUUGUGCUAUACGUUAUCCAUGUAGGCACGUCGAGUUUUAUUUGCAUCAGCGUAUAUAGAUAAAAGUAAUAAAUUGAUCAUUCUACACUUCGAGAAGCAUUUAUAUUAUACAAAAUUUCGCAUUUUUCCUAGACUAAAGAUGGAAGCAAUACUUAUGUGGAGUGCCGCCACUCCAUGAUCCCUGUUAGUUAAUACUCCAAGGCUAUCCAGAUACGUUUAUGUUCAACUAACGGCAUCUGCGGAACUCAAAACCUAGAGACAAAUGAUCAAACUGUGAAUGACAAUCUUAUGUGGGUAUGAACGUCUGGUCUCAUCGUUUGCAUAUGGGUAUUGACAUUCGAAAUGAAAGCUCAGGGAGAGUAACAUUAGCAGGUAUUAAAAUAGAAAGGUCACGUUAGGCAUUGGCUGUUUCUUAGUAAGUGUAUAUGGGCUUGCAGUGCGUGCUUUAUUUUUAAAAGAUAGUAAGGCUUUAUUAAUUGGCAGCGUAUUACUUUCAGGGCGCUCCGAAAGACGCUCUCCUUGUAAAAUGCAUCUGGAAGCGCGCGCACACUUUCAAGUGCGGAAAGAUCUUUUUCUCAGAUGUGCGGCAGAAAGAAAGUGUCACUAUGGAGAUUGUUCAUUAUUAUUAUUUUUUCUUUUCUUUGGCAAAGUUUUUCAUCUUGAAAAACAUACACACACAAUACAAACCUUAGUACAUAAAAGUUCUGCUUUUAACUUUGUUUGCAGUUUAUAACCUGUAAGGAAAGUGUGUGCAAUAUCAGUGUUUUUACCCUCAGUUUUAUCCAAUGCUCUCAUUUAAUCUCAUUUCAUACCCAUAUCAAAACUGGAACAUGGUAUAAUUUUCAAAUUUUUGAAUACGUAUAGUAUUAACAAGCUAAAACCUAAAAUAUAAACUGGAAUAUAUAUAUAUCCUUUCUUGGAUUACCCUCAAAAACAAAUUAGAAUGUACCGGUUUUUGUUUAGAAACAAUGAAAUUUCCAUAAAUCACUCAGAGGCACAGUUGGAUACCUGUAUAAUGUGAACGGUUCUGGACGUCAUGGAAGUUAAUUAGACUCCACAGAACAAAUACAUCGUUAUCUUUGCCGAGCCGAGCUGCAAACCUGUUCGUUUCAGAAAAGAGAAGCUAAAUAUUGGCAGCUUUACUGCAUCUGGGAAGGAAGCGUCUCUGUUGGGAUAUAAGGUUUUACUCCAGUAAACAUUUAUUCUGACAGGGACCUCUCUGCUUGUCCAAACAGGAAGAGACACUCGCGGUGUGCCAAGGUAGCGCUGUAUACAUAGCUUAUUAAACUGAUAUGUUAUAGAAAUUAGCGGCGCAUUAUGUGCAUUAUUAAUACGGGUUUUAGAGGAUCUUCUCAGUAAUUGUAGUGAAUCAUAACUCGCGUUAUCUCUGUCGACUGGUGCUAAGCCGUGUCCCAAUCAGUGCGUAAAUGUCACGUGUGCCCCCGUCCUGAAACGUAGUCGGUACAUAUAUCUAUGCUUUUAUUGUGUUUUGCCAACUGUGACUCUCUGUGAAAAGUACUAUCAGCAAUAUCAGCCGGAAACGAAAUUUACAAGUAAAGCUGUUGCAGACUUAAUGUUGCAGAUACCUUGAGAUUGCUGGGUGAUUCACUGUCUGUAGCUAGAUAUAGACCGUCUGACCCAGAAUGGCCUAAUGUAGGACCACGUUUCGGUUCGUCACCCUCUUUGGACACGAUCUAUCCUCAGAAUAACAAAGAAUAACAAUUUCAUUAACUACUGCAAGGCUACAGUCUUGCUAUGGAUUGCAAUAUAAGGGAUAUAUAUAUAGACAGACAGACAGACAAAAGGUGAUUUCAAGUUCAUCUAAAAUUAGUAGCCAUACACAAUCACACCAUUACGGUUGUUUUAACAGGUUAUUUAAGCAGUGAAAUUUGACGAUGAUUUGUUACAUAGCGUCAGGUUUUGUUAUGUUGUUAUUCAGAUGAUGUCCUUGAUUGAUUAAUAUACUUUUGAAAAUGAACUGCAUUUUGUUCGUGCUUUUAUUAUUAUUGUCAGAUCUGAAUGUGAGCAAUAUGGUUAGGAGAAGAACGACGAGAACUAACGCAGGGUUAGUGUGCGUACGCGCGCGCACUGUAGGCACAGGACAGACCAACCCAGACAAGGCUUUAACUUAGCGACGACGUCACGGUCUAUUAUCUUCAUUGUCUCGUUAUUCAUAUUUGCAUUGGUUCAUUUUAUGGAAACCUUCCUAAGUAAAUUAUCAUUUUCCAAAGUACAGCAGGCAUAGUCAUGAAAAAUAAGACUUAAAAAACCGAUAGAGAUAACUUCUAGCCAUAACUGAAUGUCAAGCAAUAAUAUAAACGUUGUAUUAUUAUUAAUUUUGUGUAAAAGUUUUAGACAUCUGCAUGUAAAUACAAUCUCUUAUUUAUCACUU